GAUGGAAUAGCCUAGAGAAGCUUGCAUUAGUACCUAGAGAAGCUUUCUAGACUUAGUCACCUAGACCUGUGUUCAUUGUUUCAACAGAGUAUAUAAUGUAAUUCAGGUUUAUGAAAGCCAGCAAUUUCUCUUUUCUUCCCUGUAGGUGUAGAGAAUAUCCAGGUGUGGCUACAGUUCCACAUCUGGUCUGGCUGCCAUGUAUCAUGGGCAAACUACUGGCAAAGGGUCCUCUCAUUGCAUGCAGAUUUACCAGCAACCUCCAAGGCUUCUCAUCGUGCACAUCACUCUCCCAUCCUGGGCUGACAUCUGUUCCAACCUCUGUGAGGCUCUGCAGAACUUCUUCUCACUGGCCUGCAGCUUGGUAGGCCCCAGCCGCAUGUCCCUCUUCAGCUUAUACAUGGUACAAAAUCAGCAUGAGUGCAUCCUCCCCUUUGUGCAAGUAAAAGGGAACUUUGCAAGGCUGCAGGCCUGCAUCUCAGAACUCCGCUUAUUGCAAAGAGAAGGUUGUUUCAGACCACAAGGCACUUCUCUGCAGCUGGCAGUAGAGGAUGGGCUCCAGCAGCUCAAACAGUACAGCAGACACGUGACCACGGGUACAGCUCUGACCUACACUUCCCUGGAGAUUACUGUUCUGACUUCACAGCCUGGAAAAGAGGUGGUCAAACAAUUGGAGGAAGGACUGAAAGAUACAGACCUAGUCAGGGUCAGGAGGCUUCAGGUGGUUGAGAUCACAAAGGGAGUCCUUGGCUGUAUAGACUCAGCAUCCCCUGUUGAAGAGCCCAGCAGCGAUGAGAAUUCUGUCUUGGGAACUGACAUUGACCUUCAGACUGUAGACAAUGAUGUUGUCAGCAUGGAGAUGUUCUUCAAAGCCUGGCUACAUAACAGUGGAACAGACCAAGAACACGUCCACCUUCUUCUUCCUUCACGGUGUCUCAGCAACAUUUCCAGAGCCGGAGAUAAUCCAAUGUGCCUGAAAUGUGAUCUCCAAGAGCGACUUCUCAGCCCGUCCCUGCUCCCUGGCACAGCUGGUGGCUCCCUGCGGAUGGAUGACCCAAAAGGAGACUUCAUCACACUCUACCAGAUGGCUUCCCAGUCGUCAGCGUCUCGUUACAAGCUCCGGGUGAUCAAGGCUCUGAAAUCCAGUGGGGUCUGCGAAUCACUGACAUAUGGACUCCCAUUCAUCCUCAGACCCACCAGCUGUUGGCAGCUGGACUGGGAUGAGCUGGAGACAAACCAGCAGCAUUUCCAUGCUCUGUGUCACAGCCUGCUGAAAAGAGAGUGGCUGCUGUUGGCCAAAGGGGAGCCCCCAAGCCGAGGCCACAGCCUGAGGGAGGCCGCCAGCACCUUCUACGUGAUCCUGCCGUCAUGCUCUGCCACUCUGCUGGUGAGGGCGGUGGCCACCCGGGAGCUGCUGCUGCCCAGCUCUUUCCCCUUGCUGCCUGAGGACCUGCCUGCUGACAGCCUCAGGACUGUGGAGAGCAUGCUGGACGACCUGGAGCUAGAACCCACCUACAACCCCUUGCAGGUUUGGAGCCACCUCUACCCACACCUGAGCAGCACAUUUGCCAAGCCUCAGGGCCAGCUCCACCCAAGCUGGGAGAGCCGGGGCCUGAGAAAGCAUCCCUGCAAGGCUGGGCAGUUGCAGAUAAAUCGAGUUCGAGCCAGAGUCACCCCCCUGCCUAUGACUCCAGCCCCUGGCAGAGCCCCCAAGAUGCCAGCAGCCAGCAAAGCUUCCUCAGGAGUCUUCUUCCCGCCUUCCGCGGAGGAGGAGGAGGAAAUGGAGGAGGAGGAAUGUCCCUCAGGGCCCUAAGCCACCAGCACUAGAGCCCAGCUGCUCUGCUCAACCACAUCCAUGCCAAGGCUCACAUAAUGGCUUUCUGUGGCCAAACGUGCUUCUUACCCACCUGGGCCUGUGAGCUCCAGGUGACUGGGAAACAGAGCGUUCCCCUCCUCUGUCCUCAGUGCCGCCACCACCCCGCUCCUCAGACCAGGAAGCUCCCCCACACCAUGAGCUUUUUCUUUCUCCAUGCAAGGAUUCAUUUUCUUUUGGAUCAUUUGAUAUCAUUAACAACAAACGAAGAUUAAAUACCCAGUAAGCCUCCACCAUUGUUAGGAGCGUUCCCGGCCCGAAUUUCUCCUUGUAUUCUGUGUGAGCAGGUGGGUAAAGUCAGGUCACCUUUAGGAAUCUGGAGCUCAGGAGACAAGAAUAACGUUUUCAGAGCUCAUGAAAAAGUAAGAUUGAAAGCAAAGCUUCAUUCCAAAGUCCAUGCCCCUCCCAGUAUACCCACCACGCUGCAGUUCCCUUCAGCCUCCAAACAAAAGGGGCUAGUCUUCAGUCCCUACAGGCCAAGUCUGUGUGUGUGGUCAGGUGCUGAGGGGAGUGGGGGACAUCCUAUAGCUGAGAACAGGGGAGAGGAUGGUGUGAAAAAGACCUCUCCCCUUCCAAGCCCCCUCUGCUCACACCUGCCCAGUAGCGCUUCUCCAUCCACAGAAUAACUAUCACUUAUUUAUAAAAAGCAUACUCUGCACUUCAAA